UAUUAACAUAUGCCCUUACGUAAUGCCCUUUCCCCAGCCACCGCUUAACAAUGCUGAAACCUCCAUCCUCAACACCACAAAUCCAGAUAGCUAAUCGCUUCACACUCAACCAUCAGUGAAACAUGGCAACUGAAAAAGUUGGGAGGAUCAAGUUGGGUUCUCAGGGCCUGGAAGUGUCAGCUCAAGGCCUUGGAUGCAUGGGGAUGUCAGCUGCCUAUGGUCCUCCAAAGCCCGAAGCUGACAUGAUUGCUCUAAUCCACCAUGCUAUCAACUCCGGGGUUACCUUUCUUGAUACUUCUGAUGUUUAUGGUCCCCAUACCAAUGAAAUCCUUCUUGGUAAGGCCUUGAAAGAUGGUUUAAGAGACAGGGUUGAAUUGGCUACUAAGUUUGGUAUAGACUAUACUGAUGGCAAGAGGGAAAUCCGUGGUGACCCUGCUUAUGUCAGAGCGGCCUGUGAAGGUAGCUUGAAGCGUCUUGGUGUUGAUUGUAUCGAUCUUUAUUACCAGCAUCGGAUUGAUACCAGGGUUCCCAUUGAAGUCACGAUGGGAGAACUUAAGAAACUAGUUGAAGAAGGUAAAGUAAAGUAUAUAGGUUUAUCUGAGGCUUCUGCUUCGACAAUUAGAAGGGCACAUGCUGUUCAUCCAAUUACUGCUGUACAAUUGGAGUGGUCCUUGUGGUCUAGAGAUGUUGAGGCAGACAUCAUUCCUACUUGCAGGGAACUUGGGAUUGGGAUUGUCGCUUACAGCCCUCUGGGGAGAGGAUUCUUUUCAUCAGGGCCUAAAAUAGUGGAAACUUUUUCCAAUGAUGACUUCAGAAAGUAUCUACCGAGGUUCCAACCUGAAAAUCUUGAGCACAACAGACGUCUUUAUGAGCGAGUUAAUGAGAUAGCAGCAAAGAAGGGGUGCACCCCAUCGCAGCUUGCAUUGGCAUGGGUUCAUCACCAAGGGAAUGAUGUCUGUCCCAUUCCUGGAACCACCAAAACUGAAAACUUCAACCAGAACAUUGGAGCUUUGUCCGUAAAAUUAACACCUGAAGAGAUGACUGAGCUAGAAUCUAUUGCUUCAGCAGAUGCUGUGAAGGGAGACAGAUACGGUGGAACUAUCGCUACGUACCAUGAAUCUGAAACUCCUCCCUUGUCUUCAUGGAAACCUGAAUGAUGAGGGCAAGCUACCAAAUUGUCUCUACUUUGUUUUCAGAGAAUAAGUGUUGUAUCAGAAGUAUCCAUAGGUCUUCUGAUGAGAGAUUGCAAACUUGGUAGUAGCUAUCCAGGUUUGUCAUGUUGAGAUUGUGUAUUCCAUGGUAAUGAAGCAAAAGGUUCUGAAAUAAGCUAUCAAUGCAUGAUUUCAGAUUUCCAACA